UGUGUUGUAGAUUAUAGGAUUAAUUACAUCUGAUGACCUUCAACCUGGUGGACACUUGAAUGGCAUGGAGUAUGAAUUUUGGAUUGAAGAUGUAGAUUAUGGUGGCCAAUUAAUUAGACAGAACUUCGAUAAACAUGAUAAUUUAGGUAUAGAUGCAUCCAAAGUCAAUGUACAGUUUCCUAUUUUAUUAUGGUGGACAGGAUUUACUGGAGAAAGAGGAAGGGUUAAAACAUGUGGUCUGGAUAAAUGUUUCUUCACAGUUGAUCGACAUUAUUCUGAGCAUCCAAAAACAAAAGUGUUUAUGUUCUAUGGUACCGACUUUAAAUCAAAUGAUCUACCAUUACCACGGCAACCACACCAUGAAUGGGCUCUUCUACAUGAAGAAUCACCUAAGAAUAAUUAUAAAUUGACACAGCCGGAAUGUCUGAGUCUUUUUAAUCAUACUUCAACUUUUAAAAGAGAAUCAGAUUUUCCGAUCACAACACAAUAUCUUAGAGAUUUAUCUGACCUCACAAGUACUGAGUAUAUGGUCAAAACAAGUGAGAAAAGUAAGAAUGGAUUGGCACCUGUUGUCUAUGUACAGUCUGAUUGUGAUCCACCAUCUGAUCGAGAUAGUUACGUUAAGGAAUUGAUGAAGUACAUCAAGAUAGAUUCAUAUGGGAAAUGUCUUCAUAAUAAAAAUCUCCCAGAAGAACUUGUUGACCCCUUGACGAUGGACAAUCAACAAUUUUAUGCAAUCCUUGCUAAAUAUAAAUUUCAUAUUUCUUUUGAAAAUGCUAUUUGCAAUGAUUAUAUUACUGAAAAAUUGUGGAGAAGUUUCAAGAUUGGAACAGUGCCAAUAUACAGAGGGUCUCCAAAUAUCAAAGACUGGCUGCCGAGUAAGACAUCUGCUUUAGUUGCGGAUGACUAUUCAAGUCCACGCGAACUUGCAAAGUACAUCGAUUACCUUAACGAAAAUGAUUCAGAAUAUGAUAAGUAUUUAGAAUAUAAAAAAACUGGUAUUACCAACUCAAACUUAUUAUCAGUGAUGAAAAAACGAAAUUGGGGUGUAAACGACUAUACAAAGAUGAACUUCAUUGAUGCCUUUGAAUGUUUUGUUUGUAAUCAAGUUCAUAGGAACAAUGAGGCCUCCUUAAAAGGGGUUGAAAAGCAAAUCUCCAUUAGUAAGGCAGACCACUAUGAUUGCCCCAGACCUCGUUAUUUCAAUGAUGGUUAUACAAACAGAUAUAUUGAUAUGUAUCAACAUAUAUAUGACCAAGGAAGAUAUGAAGCAAUGGCCUUAAAUUAUUUCAUACAGGCCAGGAUGAACUUCACUAAAUCGGAACUUCGCGAAUAUGCGUUACAGCUCAGAAGGAAUGAAAAGAAACUUUGA